CUUCCCAUACGUAUAGAUAAAAAAACAUCUGGCUUAUCCCAGCAUGUAGAGGUCACGGUAACGGUUGCGGCAAUCCCGUACUAUAAAAGGCGUCACCGUCGGCACCAUCAUCACCAGAGUCAGCCAUGAAGACCAUCGUGCUGUGCCUGCUCCUCGCCGGGGCAUUCGCCGCCCCCUCCCGUAAGCCAACCUUCCGUCGGGGUCUCAACAAGAUCGUCGGUGGACAGGAUGCCUCGCCAGGACAGUUUCCCUACCAGCUAAGCUUCCAAGAUAUUUCCUUCGGAUUUCACUUCCACUUCUGCGGCGCUUCCAUCUACAACGAGAACUGGGGCGUGUGUGCCGGUCACUGCGUCCAAGGAGAGGACUUCAACAACCCUGACUACCUUCAGGUUGUUGCUGGCGAGCAAGAUUUGGACGUUGAUGAGGGUAACGAGCAGGCGAUUGUUCUGUCCAAGAUCAUCCAGCACGAAGAUUACAACGGGUUCACCAUCAGUAACGACAUUUCCCUUCUCCAACUGUCCUCCCCUCUGACCUUCAACAGCUUUGUUGGAUCUGUCGGUCUGCAGACUGUAAAGGAGUACAUGGGAGACUGCGUUGUGUCCGGCUGGGGUACAACCUCGGAGGGAGGCAGCAGUGCCUCUGUCCUUCAGUAUGUCGAUGUCCCCGCUGUCAGUGACGCUGACUGUCGCGCCGCUUACGGACAAAACGACAUCGAAGACUCCAUGAUCUGCGCUGGACUACCCGAGGGAGGAGUGGACGCCUGCCAGGGUGACUCUGGUGGACCUAUGGUGUGUGGCGGCCUCCUGACCGGCAUCGUGUCCUGGGGCUAUGGCUGUGCACGCCCUGACUACCCCGGCGUGUACGCUGAGGUGGCCUACUUCACGGACUGGGUCGCAGCUAAUGCUGUAUAAAUUCCAUUUUUCUCUCUGGCUGCUGUGCUGCCAGACACAAUAAACACGUCACACAGAA